CCGCCAAAACAUGCCCGAAGCAACAGCCGCAAGCAGCACCACCAUCUCACGCCCCCGAAAACGCAUCGUCGUCGGCAUGACCGGCGCCACCGGCGCGAUCCUGGGCAUCAAGAUGCUCGCCACGCUGCGGCGUCUCGACAUCGAAACGCAUCUCGUGCUCAGCCACUGGGCCGAAGCCACGAUCCGCUACGAGACCGACUACACGCCGGCGAACGUGCGGGCGCUCGCCGACCACGUGCACAGCAACCGCGACCAAGCCGCGCCUAUCUCCAGCGGCUCGUUCCGCGCCGAUGGCAUGAUAAUCGUGCCGUGCAGCAUGAAGACGCUGGCCGCGGUGCAUGCGGGCUAUUGCGAUGAUCUGAUCGCGCGAGCGGCCGAUGUGAUGCUGAAGGAGAGGAGGCGCUUGGUGCUGGCGGUGAGGGAAACCCCGCUGAGCGAGAUCCAUCUGAGGAAUAUGCUGGAGGUUACGAGAGCGGGGGCCAUUAUAUGUCCGGCUAUGCCUGCGUUUUAUACAAAACCGGAUUCGAUUGAUGAGAUGGUGGAUCAGAUGAUUGGAAGGAUACUGGAUCUUUUUGAUGUUGAUACGGGGGAUUUUCAACGAUGGAAUGGACUUGAGAAGGAAUGAGACUUCUUGUAGGAUUAAGGACGGCUUCUUGGGCGUUAUGUAAGGAGUUUUGGGGGAUUGUUUUUCUGUAAUACUAACGUUAUGCAAGGAAGGAUUAAAAACAACCCCCUUCUGCUAAGGCGCCCGACUGUCGACAGAAC